AUGCAGACCCUCUAUUUGGAGAAAUAUGACGACAGGAUCACUGGAGUUUUACCCUCAGCUUCCUCUUUCCAUGUUCACACGCUGUCCCCCACCGGCAUGUCUCCGUCCUCCCGUCAUGGCCGGCAUGUGUGGAGCCCACGGCUCCGGCAGCCACAUCAGCCUGUCAUCGGACCGAUGCUGCGGGUGACGGCCUCAGGAAGGCGGCGGGAGACAGCUGUCAAUCACACGGCUUCCUCCCCGCCCCCUGCAGGCAGGAUGUCCUCUGUGUUAUGGGAGCGAAGCCGGGACCGCCACAAGCCGCACAGCAAAGACAGCCGCUCUGAAAAGUCUGUAACGAUCAACACGCCGCCGGCGGAGCCGCCUGGGGACUCGGCCGUCCGGGGGGAGCAGGUUCAGGAUGACAACUGGGGCGAGACCACCACCGCCAUCACCGGCACCUCGGAGCACAGCCUGUCCCAGGAGGACAUCGCUCGCAUCACCAAGGACCUGGAGGACAGCGUGGGGCUGGACUGCCGGCGCUACCUGGCCCGGACCCUGGCGGUGAUCCUGGGCCUGCUGGUGUUCCUCACGCCGGUGGCCUUCCUGGUCCUCCCCCACAUCCUCUGGCCGGAGAAGCUGCAGAACUGCGGCACGGCCUGCGAGGGCCUCUUCAUCUCCGUGGCCUUCAAGCUGCUCAUCCUGCUGCUGGCCGUGUGGGCGCUGUUCUGCAGGCCGGCGCGGGCCGGCCUCCCGCGGGUCUUCGCCUUCCAGGCUCUGCUCGCCGUGCUGGUCCUGCUGUUCGUCAUCUCUUACUGGCUCUUCUACUCGGUCCGAAUCCUGGACUCACAGGACGAGAACUACCAGGGCAUCGUGCAGUACGCCGUCUCGCUGGUGGACGCGCUGCUCUUCAUCCACUACCUGGCCAUCGUGCUGCUGGAGCUGCGGCAGCUGCAGCCGCGCUUCUGCGUGAGCGUCACCCGCUCCACGGACGGAGAGAUGAAGCACUUCAACCUGGGGCAGCUCAGCAUUCAGCGGGCGGCUCUGGCCAUCAUAGAGCAUUACUACAGCGACUUCCCGGUCCACAACCCGGCGCUGCUCUCGGCCUCCAAGUCCCGCGCCGCCAAGCACCUGGCCGGCCUCAAGGUCUACAACGUGGAUGGUGAGUUCCCAGCAGCCCCCGCUGAGGGUCCAGGGAACAGCGCAGCAGCGGGGCUGGCGCACUCCCAGUCCAGGGCCAUGAUCGCCGCCGCCGCCCGCCGCAGGGACACCAGCCACAACGAGCUGUACUACGAGGAGGCCGAGCACGAGAGGCGCGUCCGCAAGCGGAAAGCACGGCUGGUGGUGGCGGUGGAGGAGGCCUUCACCCACAUCAAACGCAUGCAGGAGGACGAGCAGAAGAAGACCCCGGGGGACGUGAUGGACCCACGGGAGGCGGCCCAGGCCAUCUUCCCCUCCAUGGCCCGGGCCCUGCAGAAGUACCUGCGGACCACCAAGCAGCAGCACUGCCACAGCAUGGAGAGCAUCCAGCAGCACCUGGCCUUCUGCAUCACCCACAACAUGACGCCCAAGGCGUUCCUGGAGAGCUACCUGGCCCCGGGGCCGACCCUGCAGUACAGCCGGGACCACUGGCAGGCCCGGCAGUGGACGCUGAUCAGCGAGGCGUCGGUCACCAGCGGCCUGAGCGACGGCGCCGUCUUCCUGCUCAAGUGUGUGGACUUCAGCCUGGUGGUGACGGCCCGGAGCCUGCCCUACAUCCAGCUCUCCGAGGAAUACAUCGACCCCAAGUCCCACAAGUUUGUCCUGCGGCUGCAGUCCGAGACCUCCGUCUAGGACGCCCUCCGUCUCUCACUCCUCACCACGACUCGCUCACGUCUUUCCUUCUGGGUUUGAAGUUUUUGAUUUUGUACUUUUAUAUAUAUAUAUAUAUUAUAUGAAUCUAUAUAUCACUUGUCCAAAUGUACUGAUCUGUAAAUGUAUGAGGUGGAUGAAAGGAAGCGUUGCUCGCCAGGAUUUGGUCACCUUGGUUACGGUUGUGUGCACAUACUGUAUGUUUGGGUGUGUGGAUGUGUAUCGUUUUUGUGUCGACACAAUCAUUCGUUGCAAUCUGAGACGCUAAAGCCAAACACAGCUGGAGCCAGACGUGCUGGGGGUUCCUGGAACACUGCAAAAACUCAGAAUCUUAACAAGAAUAUUUGACUU